AUGGUUGCUGAGCUGGCACUCGUCUCCCACCCUCCUCCUGCAUGCGGCACGCACGCCGUGGCAGACACCCGCCUCGAGCUGACCGUCUGUCGUGUCGCGCUGGCUGCGCAGCCACGCCCCGGCCGCCAAACGGGCCGCCUCCCGUCCCGCGUCCCGUGCCCUGGCGACGGUGAGGCGUCGCCCCUCGCAGCGUCCCGUGGCACCGCGCUCGCUGCCGGGCCAUCACAUUGGCACGUCGCUCGUCACCUCGGGAGCUCACCAGAUGCGUCCAGAUGGAUUGCGAGGCGGCGUCGACGCUCGCCGAGCAUCUUUGCGACGCGCCGUCUUUUAGCAGACGACGACCUCGCGGCCACCGAGUCGACCAUCGCGCCUCGCCCAUCGAGCCUCCGCCAUCUACUAACGUCAAGCAUGGCCGCAUACGUGGCAUCCGCUAGCCUAUGCAUCGAUGCACGACACGAACUGGAUUUGACAUGUGGGCACCCCGUCGAUGCGGAGGUCGACGGCCUGCUGCCGGAACCGCGACGCGGCAUUAGCGCCCGCGCCGCCCAUCCCCACGCCCAGACACGGAAAGACGCCCUGGAACAGCUCGGGUUGCCCGUCACGAUGCGGCGCCGCUGA